CCCCCUCCCCCAGAAGUAAGUUCAAAUACGUCCCUGCUACGUAGUAUGUACAUCCCGUAAAUCACGUUUCAGGACUUGUAUCUAUUUUCCACGAGUUCACGACGUUAGUCCGGUUGUCUACGUAAACUUGAUACGGAUCGAGUCCCGAAUCUUAUGCGAGAAAUAUAUACGUUUAAAUAUGCUCGUAAAAAUCCGAACACCACCGGAAGUGUGAAUUUCGCAGUGAUCGGUUAAAAUCAAAAUCACACCGUUAUACAUUCACGACAACUGCGCGUUGUCCGGUCACAAGCGUUGUUUCGUUUUCCUCUCUUGUUCGCGCCGCCGUGUUGACGGUGACGACAACGACGUUAGGUUGUGUGGCGGCACUGCUGUCGCGUCCCGUCGGUCGCCGUCGCCCGUCGUCACCGGCAGGUAGCGCGUCGUGAGCGAGACAGCCGACAUGGCCACCGCGAUCGUUCGCCGUUUCAGCCGUCGCCGCACGUACCGUUUACGAGCUUCGCGAUCGCGCGCCAGUUUUUCGCGUUUUCGAAAACCGUCCGUCUCGCGCACGCACACCGUUUUAUCGUCCCGACCGAUUGGCAACGUCUGGGACGCCCGUGCACCAUCGUUACCGGUAACAGGACCGACGCCGCCACCGCCGCAGCCGACGGAGACGACGCGGCCGGAUGCCCAGCACUAUCUCGUGCCUCAUCCGGACCAUCUGCUGCAGAACACACACCCAUUGCUCUCCAGCUGUCAGCAACCACUAGUUGCUGUUCUGUGGCCAAACGGUUCAACCAUCGACAAUAGCGUUCAUUGUAUUCAACUACUGUUCCGUCAUUGAGAAAUUUUUGUUUGGCAACCAUGGCACUUCCCAGUCAACUUAAAAUCGACAACUGGGGUAAUUUCUUUAUGCAACGUCUAAACAACUUGGCCAAAAAAGAUGAAUACUGCGAUUACACUAUUCGUUCAACAUCAAAUGAAUCAUUUAAAGUUCAUCGUGUAGUUUUAAAUACAUGUUCUGAUUAUUUUGUUUCUCAUCCCAAUUCUGAUACAUCCAUGACAAUGCCUGCACAUUUAGAUUUUAAUGCGGUAAAGAGUGUUAUAAUGUUUAUGUAUACUGGACAAAUUCAUUUCACUGAUGAUAAUCGGACUAGCUUACUUGAAGUAGCCGACAUGUUGCAGGUUUCUGUUUUACUAAAGCUUCUCGAAUCGCAGUCUGGUAGAUUAAAAUCAAAUUCAAAAUAUCGUUCACCCCAAGCUUCGUCAUCAAAAACUCAUUCAGCAAUAGCAUUAAAUCAAUACAGGCCUGCUAAGAAGCCUCUAAUUCAAAACAAUUUGAUCAAUCGAUCACCACCAGAACAUACAACUGCAUCCACUUUUAUCAACACAAUGAAAGUAAAAGAUAUUUUAAGUGAAAAUAAACCAAUGCGUUUUGAUUGUGAUGCUGAUGAUGUCCCUGAAUUUAUGGAAAACACUUUUGAAUUACCUAAAUAUGAUAGUGCACCUUUAAUUAAACAAGAAAAUACAGACAAUGCAAAAGCUAUGCUCAAAAGAACUUCUAAUGGAGAAUUAGUUGAUAAAAGUAUUAAAACACAAAUAACCAAGAGUGAGACCCAGUCUGUAUCAUCACCGGUUGGAAAAAAGUUGAAAAUUGUUAGUGAUACGGAUCCGGAAAAGUCAAAUAGUAAAAUAGUAGAAAAUAUCUUAAAGAAAUACCCUCAUUUGUUGAAAAGUAAAGGUAAUAUUAAAUUAAAAAUUAUGUCAAGCACUGAUCAUAGUCAGUUUGAGAGUAUAAUUAUUAAUACUCCUAAUUCAGUGGAAAAAAUUUUACCAGUCGGUACUAAUGUUAAAGAACCAUUGACUAUACACAAAGUAAAACCAGAUAUAAUGAACAUAAAAGGUCCUUGGUCCUGUACUCUUUGUGGAUCUGAUACAAAUCCAUUACAAUUAGAAACUUAUUUUACAUUUAGGAGGCAUUUAGUAGAAAAACAUAAUGAGAAAGAAGACACUAGGGUUUGUCAACAUUGUGGACACUUUUCUGUACGAAAAAGUCUGCAGGUACAUCACAUGUAUACUAAGCAUAAUAUACCACCGCCUCCAGAGUACAAAUUCCCAAAGUGUGAUCAAUGUGGCUUUGUCGCCACUACCGAUGUUCAUUUAAAACGACAUAAGACAUUAGAUAAAUGUAGUUCUAAACCACAAGUAUCCAAACCUGAUGUUAAUUAUACAUGUAACGAAUGUUCUAGAACAUUUAGAUCAAGUUUGAUGCUUAAAGGGCACUUGAGAAAUUUUCACAAAGUCGAUGAGAUGACCCCAGGUUCAACGACCAAAGAACUAUUAAUUUCUGUUAUAGAUAAUAUACCACCAGGUUCUAAAGUGUUAGCAGAAAAUAAGAGCUUGGAUAAAAUCGAAGAAGUUGUAUUGAAUGACGAAGACGAUUUAAAAGAAACUGAAGACGAAAUGAAAAAUGAUAUUGUCUAUAGUGAAGAAACAACAGAAGUAGAAACUGUAACAUUAGAAGAUGCUGCACAAGAAGUUAAUGCAAAUGAGGUCAAGCCUCCUAUACCUACUGACUUGACUGAAGAAUGGGACGAUUUUGAUGAUGUAGAUACAUCUAAGAUAGAAGAAUCUGAUAAAGAAGAAGACAACAGAAUUGGUAAACCUUGUCGAAUAGAAUUAGAUGACUAAUUAAAAAAGAUAAACAAUUA